CCCCAGAGUGGCUUUUCAAAUGAAUUCAUAUCAUAAAUCCACAUGUCUCAAAUCAUCUCGGCCCGCGCGGCGGCAGGCGCUCCUCAGGCCGGCGCGGGCGGUGGCGGCGCGCUCCCGCGGGCCGCAGCGCGGGCGCUCCUCUCGGGCCGCCGUCCGCCGCGCCGCCUCCUCGGCCUCUGCCAGCGGCGCCCCCGCGGGCAGGCGGGCCCGGCACGAGCUCCGCCUCCGCCGCGCCCGCCCCCCAGCCUCCGUGCCGGGCCUCGCGGGCUCCGCGCGCUAGUUCCCGCCGCGCCUCAUGCAGCCACGGUCGGCGCUCGCCCGGCGUCUCCGUCAGCGAGGCGCGCGCGCAAGACCGCCCGGGCGCAGUCCUCGCAGGACGAGCUCGGCCGCGGCGGCCGGUGCGGCUGCGCGGGGGAGGCCGGGGCCGCGCUCACCGGAUGCCCGACCCCUCCCCCGCGGCGGGCGCCCCUCGGCGGCCGCCGGCUGCGCCCCGGGCCCCCGCCGCGGUUGGUUCCGCCGCGCCGUCGCUUCCUGUCCCACCCGCCCCGAGGACCGGGAUCCGGUUGUCCCCGCAGGGGCCUCCGGCCAGAGAGGGUGCCCACCUGUGUGCGGACAAAGACGGCGGCAGCAAGUAAAGCCUCGGGGAGCCGGUGGCGAGCGGCUGAAAACGAAGGCGCCGUCGCCGCGCUCAGGCCCGGGGCGCCGCACAAGGCCACGCCUGAUGCGGAGCCACCUGUGGCGGGCCGGGUGGUUCGGUCGAGCCCGGCACCGGCGACUGGAUGCACGGCCGAGGGUGGGCGGUGAGGGGAGGCCACCGGCCCGCACCGCCGGAAGAGGCCGCCGGACCUCGGGGACCAGAAAAAAAAAAAAAAAAACCACGGCCAACCCCCUGCCCGUGCCUUCCACCCCUUUCCCUGGUGAAGUAGACCUCACUCAUUCUCAGAAUCCGCUUGGCCUCCCUGCCCGGUGCGAGACGGAAAGAACCGUGGGCCUCAGCCAUCAUCCCGCUGCAACCAACCAGCUGCCUUUGCCUUUUUCUCAGUAGCUCAUUGAGAGGCAUGUACCUUACGGCUUGCCAACCAUGAGCUGGAACUCGUCUCUUACAGGCGUUAAGGACUCCAUUUUCAUCUUUUAGAUCUAUAUUGUCAAUAGAUUGGGAGUAGAACCUUGUGCGGGGCCUUGAGUUAGGGUCCGGCUUCUCAGAAAGUGACAUUAGAAAUGAUAAAUCAUCUCUACUUGUCUACAAGUUCCGAGUACUCUAUUGGAAAGCAAAUCCACAAAAGUGUCUGCAUGACCUAAGGUGCCAUUUUUAAAAUACUAAUGUUAUAUUUUGAAACCAAGUCAAUUGGCCUGUUAAUGGUCCACAAGGAAACUAUUUUGAAUAAAAUGCAGACUUUAAAAGAAUAAUGUGUCUAAAAUUGAGAAGAUACUCUAGCUUGGAAGGCUAGAAAUUCAAGCCAUGUAUCCUAUAUAGCGUUUGUAUUUAGAUUAUGUUAAAGUGCUCCUCAA